GCAGCUCGUCGUCGUCGUCGUCGUCUGUGUUGUUUUGGGUCUAUGUGUUGUUGUGGACGGGGAUCGAUCUCAGUCAGGCACAAGUUGUUCUACAAGUGGCGCCAGUCGAAUAUACAGAGUAUAUGUGGUCGUGAUUCCGUCGCGAAUCGAGUCACCUUUUCGAGCACCCGAAAUUUUUUUCCGGCAUGGAUCCUCACGGAAACGCUCACGGGUUGGGCAUGAAUUCGCCCAACGUCUGGGCGAACAUGGGAGGGCUCGACAACGCCGAGGAAGCCCAUCUUCAGUCUUUGAAUAGACUGAUGUUGCCCUCCCCGUCCCCCAUGCAACCAAUGCAUCACGAUGCCGCCACACCACGGUCGAACCAGUUCCCGCCCUCGGUUGGAAUGACACCCCAGGCGAUGAUGCAACCACAAACUCCAAUGGGUCACGCGCCACCUCUCGGAAGCACCACACCUGCACAUCCCUCCAAAGACGUGGGAAACUUCGCUGCUCCCGCAACACCUGCGCCCCAGACCCCUGCGUCGGUUGAUCCAAACAUUAUUCCCCAACUGCAGAAUAUUGUUUCUACUGUCAAUCUCGGAUGUAGAUUAGAUCUCAAGAAAAUCGCGUUGCAAGCCCGUAACGCCGAAUACAACCCGAAGCGUUUCGCCGCCGUGAUCAUGAGGAUCAGAGAGCCGAGGACGACGGCCCUGAUUUUCUCUUCAGGCAAGAUGGUGUGCACAGGAGCCAAAUCCGAAGAUCAGUCACGAUUAGCUGCUCGGAAAUAUGCCCGUAUCGUCCAGAAGCUGGGAUUCGAGGCGAAAUUCCUCGACUUCAAAAUUCAGAACAUGGUCGGCAGUUGUGACGUGCGUUUUCCCAUCCGUCUCGAGGGUCUGGUUCUAACUCACUGUCAGUUCUCUUCCUACGAGCCCGAGCUCUUCCCGGGUCUUAUAUAUCGUAUGGUGAAACCGAGGAUUGUCCUUCUGAUCUUCGUGUCUGGCAAGGUCGUGCUCACCGGGGCUAAGGUUCGCUCCGAAAUUUAUGAAGCGUUCGAUAAUAUCUACCCGAUUCUCAAAGGAUUCCGGAAAACUUAAGAUACAACUAACUAAGGGCUUGAUGAUCUUGAGCUGACUCAUAUGUACAGGAGCAAUGUUUAUAGCCAGAGUUCGAGCUGUUAAAUUAUCCGAUCCCGUCUCACUGCGAGAUCAAGAAUAUAUCACACGGAAAGGCGCAGUGAAUCCACGACCCGAUUUCUGUCGACUUUUUCCUUGUCAGACGCACCUUACGAAUAUGAUCAUCUGAUUGAAAGAUCCUGAUUGUUGUCCGUCGAAAUCGACCUGGGAUGCACUCUGUAGAGGGCAUCACAAGCCUGAAGCGGAACGCCGGAAUCGGUAGCUUCUCUGUCCAGAUCUAGGAGUUCGCAGAUGAACAAACAGCAAGAGUUUGUGAAGGGCGGGAAAUACUUCUGUAUAUAUGAUGUUCCGUGGGAUGCAACGAGAGACCCACACACGAAGACUUUCCAAAACUUGUUGAGUUCUCCGAGCCAGGAGAAGUUGAAUGAAUUUCUUCACGGGCUCCUUUGGAUUUUAACGAGGUUCUCUGAGAGGAUGCCUUAAUGUACAAUUAGAAACACUGCGGUGCCGUGUUCAGUGUAGAUAGGUUUGGAGCUGCGUCGGAGAGAACGAAAUCAGUCUAUUAAGAGGCUGAAAUCGAGGGUGAUGCGUUAAAUGAUUUAUAUGAAUGAAUAAAUGGAAGCAGCA